CGGCGCGCGGCUGCAGCCUGGGCUGGGCGCUAGCCUCGCAUCCCGCACCCUGCACCCUGCACCCCGCACCCCGCGCCCGGCAUCCCGGCGGCCGGGCAUGUAGGUGCGGCAGCAGCGGCAGCCGCCGCGGCGGAAUAUGGGCGGGAACCACUCCCACAAGCCCCCGGUGUUUGACGAGAAUGAGGAAGUUAACUUUGACCAUUUUCAGAUUCUGCGGGCCAUUGGUAAAGGGAGUUUUGGAAAGGUCUGCAUCGUGCAGAAGCGAGACACUAAGAAGAUGUAUGCCAUGAAGUACAUGAACAAGCAGAAGUGCAUCGAGAGGGACGAAGUACGGAACGUCUUCCGGGAACUCCAGAUCAUGCAGGGGCUGGAGCAUCCUUUCCUGGUGAAUUUGUGGUACUCCUUCCAGGACGAGGAGGACAUGUUCAUGGUGGUGGACCUCCUGCUGGGCGGGGACCUGCGGUACCACCUGCAGCAGAACGUCCAUUUCACGGAGGGGGCCGUGAAGCUCUACAUCUGCGAGCUGGCCCUGGCCCUGGAGUAUCUGCAGAGGUACCACAUCAUCCACAGAGACAUCAAGCCAGACAACAUAUUGCUGGAUGAACAUGGACACGUCCACAUCGCGGACUUCAACAUAGCCACGGUCGUCAAAGGUGCAGAAAAGGCCUCCUCCAUGGCGGGGACCAAGCCGUACAUGGCCCCGGAAGUCUUCCAGGUGUAUGUGGAUGGAGGCCCCGGCUACUCCUACCCUGUGGACUGGUGGUCCCUCGGCGUCACGGCCUACGAGCUGCUGCGGGGCUGGAGACCAUAUGAGAUCCACUCGGCGACGCCCAUCGAUGAGAUUUUGAACAUGUUCAGGGUGGAGCGCGUCCACUACUCCUCCACGUGGUGCAAGGGCAUGGUCGCCCUGCUGAAGAAGCUCCUGACCAAGGACCCCGAGAGCCGCCUGUCCAGCCUUGGCGACGUCCAGAGCGCACCCUACUUGGCCGACAUGAACUGGGACGCGGUGUUGGAGAAGGCGCUGACGCCAGGCUUCGUGCCCAAUAAAGGGAGGUUGAACUGCGAUCCCACGUUUGAACUUGAAGAAAUGAUUCUCGAAUCCAAACCGCUUCACAAAAAGAAGAAGAGGUUGGCGAAGAACAGGUCCAAAGAUGGCACGAAGGACAGCUGUCCCCUGAAUGGACACCUCCAGCAAUGCUUGGAGACGGUGCGGAAGGAAUUCAUCAUAUUCAACAGAGAGAAGCUGAGGAGACAGCAAGGGCAGAGCGGCCAGCUCUUGGACACGGACAGCCGAGCCGGGAGCCAGGCCCCGAGCAAGCUCCAGGACGGAUGCAACAACAACAUUCUGGCCCACGCCUGCUCCCGUGGCUGCAGCAGCUAAGCGCCUGCCUGCGGCUUCCGGGGCGCCAGGGGGCCUGCACACACUUCUGCCCUGCCCACCAGGAGCCCCUCUCUGUGCCAGGAUUGGUCCCCGUCUCACCCCUACCAAGAUCAGAUGCAGAGAGAGCCCCGGACUCGGAGCAGGAGCGCCUGGGUUCUGGUCCUCGCUGCCUGGCUGAUCCCCUGCACGACUGUGGACAAGCCUUGCCCUCUCUGUGCCUCUGUUUUCACAUCUGCCAAGACGAAACAGCUGUCUGCGCCACCUCUAAUCCCAAGGUUAUUGGAAGAAUCGCAUUGGGUAGCAGACAUGCAAAACCUUUGACAUGUAUAAAACUGUUUAUACGGCAAGAAAGAACCUGAGUACUUGAAGUGCACGCCCAUCCCCCAAAGCAACGAGACCAUCGCAACGCUGCAACUCCGUUCCUCCUGGCUCCCAAGACAGGACUUUCCAAAAGGCAACCCUUGAACAUCUGAUGUGUUUGGCCAACCUAUGGAAACACCAUGCCCCAGUCCUGGAGCAGAACCGGACGUGUCUUCCUUUGCCUCCGCCAAGUCAGCAUUUGCAACCUUCUAAGGUGGUGGGUGUGGCCUGCAGCCCCGUCUGGUCCCUAAGGAUCUGCCACUGCAGGUGCACCUCUCCCCUCAUUCACAGAAGACGGCGGCCCAUCCCCUGCAGCUUCCAUUUCAGCAGGUCUCCACUCCAUCCCACCCGCCGGUGCUGGGAUGCAGGAAGAUGCCCGUCCAGAUCCAGUCCCUGACCAUCGGUCACUCCUAUAGGGUGUCAGCAGUUCCUCCUCCCCAAACCCAGCCCCACAGCACAACUCACAGUUCGGAGUGUCUGCCCCGUCCAGAGCGUUCUUUCCUGGAAAGUUCUGACGUCAUCUCAUCAGCAUGGUCUUAAGAGGGUCUCCAACUGCCAUCAAGGAGGUGGCUCCACACUGAUAAGUUAGGAAGCCCAGGGGGUGAUAAAAUUUACUCUAGAGGCAUGUGAGCCCGCACAGAGAGCAGACUAUUUCAACAUCUGUUCAGGGAACGCUUUGUCUUUGAAUAAGAAAGCUUGGACCUGGAACCAGGACUGUGGUCAGAAGAGCAGUAAACCCUGCUGGGUACUGACCGGAAGACCUCAGGCAAAUCGCACACUCAGCUGAGUGUCAGCUUCCUCGUUUUAAAAUGAGGUGAAUAAAACUAACCCUCUGGGUUGCUCGAGGGUGAAGGAAGACCCUGUGUGUUCUGCCCUCAGCACAUGCGGCUCUGGGAACGGUAGCUGUUUUGGGUCCCAGCAGCAUCGCCAGAAACGUUCCUGUUUCACGCAUUUGGCAGGUCUGUUUCCUGCCGAAAGAAACAAGUCAGGUGUUUAGAAUUCUUGGAACUUUUCUGCCUGGAGUCUUGGAUAUCCGUCCAUUCCUGUGAAACUUCAAUUGUGCUUUAAUGCCUCAUGCAGCUUUCACUUUUUGCGUCGUAAGUCAGUCCUUGGGCCCGUCGGUGCCAUUUCUGAGAUUUCUUAAGAGACAUUUUAACUCUCCUGUGGUUUUACAUUUUUAUUUGAAAAAAGUUAAGAAGUGCUCGUUGUUUCCCUCCGUCACAUGUAGGCUGUUUCCAGAUGCGGUUGCCCAUGUGUCCACUUGUCUUGCACCCUUUUUGUGUGUUUUUUUGUUCUUCGUUCCCUCUUGGCACCGCCCUGUCCCCCCUGGGAAAUACAGGGCUGCUUCUUUCUUCACCGUGACCCCAGCGGCCCUUGGGAUUCCUCCUUGGCUUUGGGUUCCUGAAUUAGGGGCAGGAGCUGGAAGAUGCUGGACUUUCCUGGCUCCGUUCACGUCGGCCUUGAUCCUUGUUCAGAAUAAACCAUUUCUUGGACAUUC